AUGCAAACAAACAGCUGUCUGUCUGUUCUGUAUAUUCUGACGCUGUAUGACUGUUACAAUCCUCCGAAUAUACGCUGUAAUCCUCUUAUAAUAGACAAUUUGAGCUUUGGUUACAUCACCAGCCGAUUGUUCCGCCAGGGCUCGGGUAGAACGAUUGUUCUUCUGGUGGAAGUAUCACUUGUCGCCUCGACCUUAAGCGGAAUAUCGGGUUUGCGCGAUUCUUUACGAUACGCGUCUCGGUACGCGGCGCAGCCGCUGUCAUCGUCGCUCUGCGAGUGCCGCUGCGGAUCGCCGUUCGACGGCGAGAACGGCGAGCCCUUGCCCAGGAACCGGUCGGCGGCGUCCAGCGGCGGCAACUUGCCGCCGCCGCCCGGCGACGGGAGCUUGCCGCCGGGCGAGAGCAGCGCCGGCGGCGAGAUGGGUCCGAGGCCGCCGUCGUUGUUGUUAGACAUGGGGUCCGGGUAG